AUAAGUCUUUAUUGUUUGAAACUUGAGGUCAAGAGUUCGAGUCUUAUCUAAACAUAUUUCUAUUUUUUUUAUUGUAAGCAAAUGCAUAGAGUAGGAAAAAGGGAGAGCAGCACGUGGCUGAUAAACUUGAUUAUAAAGGCCUUUUAAUAUAUAGUAUAGAUUAGAUUAUAUUCUUUUACGGAAUAAUUGGUAAUGAGGAAUCAAUGCAAACCUAUGGUUGAUAUAAUCUUGGCGACUUGCCUAACUGAUGGCUAGUCAGUGGACUAUCCUUUUGCAACUUUUUGGAAUUUCUUAAAAUAUAAUUGAUGGCCAAUGUUUAAUUGAUGGAACAUAUGUUUAGAAAGUAUCAAAUGAUACGUUUGUAAAGUUGGUUAUGGAAUUCUGUCUCAUAUUCUACUACGGAGUACUAUAAUGCAAGAAUCUUCACCAUGGAACAAUCCAAAAUUCCUUCACCAUGGAAAAGCCGAGUAAAGGAAUCAAGACACAAUACCUUGAAAAAAGAUUUAAGAAAUGUUUUGGACUUAUAUCUUGUCUCCUUGUGGCUGAGCAAAACAACGAGCUAUGGAUGAAAAAUCAUGAAUCACGUCCAACUACUUCUGCUCCAUUCCCUGAAGCGAGUGCAACAUCCAUAUUGGGAAAGAACAAUAUCAUGCCAACAAUAGUGGUCAAGGAAGUGGUCGCGAAUACAGAUAUGAUCGAGAUCGAGGUCGAGAAGGUUCUUUCAAGAACUUAUAUUUCUACCAGAAGUGGGACAAUAAAAAUGGUAACAAACAAGAGAAAGAUAAACAAAUUCUCUCAUGAUCAAGUUACUACCUAAGAUCCAAAUUUCCCUUCUCAAAAUAACGAGGGGGAAUAUGGGGCUAGGGACCCUUCUGCUGGUAUCGGGCGUUUGGCUUAUGAGAUGUAAGAAAUCUAUGUUACCGCUGUGGAGGAAAAGGUCAUUGGUCUCGUACAUGUCUUACACUAGAACACUUGGUUGACCUUUAUCGACAAUUAUUGAAGCAAAAGGUAAAGAAAGUAGAAACAAAUCUUGUAUACGAAGGGGCGAAAGUUACUUUGAUUGUGGUGAUACAACUCAUAUGAAAUUGCUGAUUUCUUCACCACCCCUGAAGGGAAUAAUUAAUCCUUGGAGUCGAUUAUGGUCAUUUAAAGAAUAAAACUUUUUUUUUUCUUGAAUUCAUGUUAUUUUAUUAUAGUUUUUAUUUGUUCGUAUUAUGAUAUUAUAAAGACAGUUAAA